AUGGGCAGCGGCAGCAGCCGGAGCGGCCGCGCCCUGAGGCGGCUGCGCAGCCCCGACAGCCGGCCGGCGGGGCCCGGCGGGGCAGCCCCGGAGGGCGGGACGGGGCCGCCGGUCUCGGCGACGGCGACGGCGGCGGCGGCCCGGGAGGAGGCCCGGGAGGCGGCGGCGGAGGGGGCGGCCGGCUCCGGCCCCGGCCCCGGCCCCGGCCCCGCGGCGCCCCCCGACGGCGGGGACGAGACGCUGCGCCUGCUGGACCAGCUGCUGGCCGAGUCGGCGGCCUGGGGCCCCGGGGAGCUGGCCCCGCGGGGCCCGGCGCGGCCCCGACCCGCAGCCGGCGCCGGGAGCCCGGUGUCCCCGAAACGGAGCACUGAAGACCGCCCGGAGAGCAGCAGUGUCUCUGAAGCCCCAGGCAGCUGCCACAAGAGGCCUGAGAGGCAGUCAGCCAUCACGUACGACUACUCCGAGGAGGAGCUGAUGGCCAGCAUCGAGCAGGAGUACUGCUGCUAAGGCUGGUGCUGCAGCAGCCCCGUGGUCACCCAGCGGCCAGUGCGCCAUUCCUCCCAGCCCCAGCCCCGGCUGACCGGGUCUCUUAGGAACCUAGGCUGGGCGCAUACAUCGCCCUGCCCUGCCCUGCCCAGGGCUCUAGCUGGAGCUUAGCCACCUCCAACAUGCAGUUACUCCCAGAUCUUUCACAACCGCCCUCUUCAAAUCCAUAUUCAGACAGCCCUGAACGUGGCCGGCUGCUGGCCAUCGCGCUUGCUGGCAAGAGGUGAUCAGCUGUGCAGAUCCAGGCCAGAAGGAAGGCACAGGUGCUGCCCCACAGGUGCAUGGGCAGGUGACCUGCCAGAUACCUGCCCCUCCUCUCAGUCUCUGGGGAGAUCCGUCUACAAGGUUCUCCUGGAUCUUGAAAUGCUUCCCCUUUCUGAAGGCCCAUUUGCCACCUGCUCCGAAGAAGCCUCUUUAGCUGAGCGUGGCUCAGACUGGACACUUUGGGAACUCUAACACACGUCCCAGAGGGCCCCAAGGAGGUUCCGCUCCGGAGGGCACACCCAGGAGGUAUGCCUUACCGAGCUGGAGGGAGUCACCCUCUGUUCUGCAAAUGAGUCGCCUGGAGAUGUUAUUGAACUGCAGAUUCGGAUUCUGUGGGUCUCCAGCAGGGCCUGAGAGUCUGCGUUUCUAACCAGUUCCCAGGUGAUCCCCAGGCUGCUGGAGCCCAGCCAUGCCUGGAGUAGCGGGGACCUUGUCUGAGCUUUAGGCCUGGCUGACUCUUCCUUCCCCGGUGCUGGAGGCUGCCCAGAGCCACGACCCACCCACCUCCCCAAAGAGAGGCCUGUGCCCCUGCAGUGGGUAUGGUGGGGCAGGAGCCGGAGACCCCCGUUCUGGCAAUCCCAGGCUUCCUCGGUCUCUUGUCCCCUGGGGCACGGGACUGCCUUCCCCGCUGAGGGUGAGCACUGGCCACCCCUGGAAAGGGUCUUCAGGGCCGCCGGCUCUUCCCACCCGGUAGAAGGUAGAAAAUCACAGCAGUGAGGCCAGGAGAGCCUUCGAACAUUCCCAGCUGACUGAUGAGAAAGCGGACACCCUGUGAAUCAGGCAGGGCCUGGAGGCGAGUGCUUCUUGCACUAGCCGUGCACAGAGGGCCUCCUGGGCGCCGAGCGCGGCUCCAGGCCUUCCCUUGGUCGCUGGGUGUUGCUUCUGAGCCCCAGCCUCGUGCUCUGGAGCUGAGUGUGGAACCUGCUCAUGAAGUGGGGGCGGGGGAAUGUGGCUGAAAUAGAGGCAGGAAGGAAAACAUCUCCAUGUCGAAGGUGACGGUGACACAUCGAUGUCUGGAAAAGUCUCAGUGCCACACGCGUGUCUCCUGGCUCCUGUGGUGGCGAGUUCCUCUGAGAGGCUACAAAGCCCAGGAAUUUAGAAAACACGCUCCCUUCCCAGCUCGGGGAAAUGUGGUGUGCGGCCUCCUGUGGAGGAAGCCGGGCCUCGGCCCUGCCUCUGCCCCUCGCACGAGCUCGCAAGGGGGUCCCGCCGGGCUCAGGCUCCCUCUCCUCACCUAAGGUGAGCUUUGCCAGGACACUCCCCUUUGAUGUUCCAGAGUCUCAGAGCCACUUCUCACUGGGCUGCCAUCCAGUGAGACGGCACCACUGGGUGGACGGCCCUGGGGAAUUUCUGUUCAACCCCCCACUCGUUCUCACCUUCUGAGCCCCGCCCUCUGCUGUGAGCCCGGCCCUCUGCUAGAUGCCAGGGUUCGUGUAGCAAGAUCUGCUCUCCACUAGCGAGGACAUGCUGUUUCUAGUGGCGCACCCGUAAACAUGGAUUCACGCCAGAGAAGCUAAAGGCUGUCAAAGAACCGUAGCCAAAAGCCCUCUGAAGAUCUAGCCUAUGUGGAUUGGGGAUGUGGUUCUUUUUCUGGGCUGGCGAUAGUUAGGCAGGAGAAAAGCCUUCUUGGUUGCCUUUGAGAGGACAAAUAACAUUUGAGGCUCUGAAGUCCUGUGCUCUCCCUAGGAAGGAGACAAUGUAAAACCAGACCUUUGGGGUGGUGACAUCUGGACCCCCUGGGACCAAAUCAGACCUUAACAGGUGGGUGGGGCUCAGUUCUCUGGUGUGAUGAAACCCCUCUGGAAACAAAAAGCUGCCUUUUCUGUGCCGUGUGGACCCUGGGAAGGAGCGGUGACACAUUUUUCGUCCUCAGGAGGCGGGUGACGUCCGAUGGCGGAGCUGGUGCCCCGGGCUGUGCACACGAGACCGAAAAGGCACGUGGUUUCGUGUGGCACUGAGGGCUCCCAGCUGCGCUUUCAAGGCCCAAACCUCCACCAAAUUCGGGCCUGUGCUCGGCUGUCAACAGCGGCACCACGUGGCAGCAAGGCGUCCACACAGCAGGAUGUCCGCUUCGACUGGGUGUCUCUGUCCCUGGGAAGUGGCGGAUACAAAGUCCCCAGCCUGGGCUAACUAAGCCCGAGAGGUUUAGGACUAUCUGCAGGGAAGGGGAGAAACUGUGGAGGGAGGGGCUGACUUUUCUACUAAUCUGGUGAGGAGAGGAUUUGAGUGAAAAAUAAAAAUAACAUGACCUUAG